AUGGUUUCACGUGUAAACAAGAACGGCCAAAAUAACAACACCAGAUCUUGCUCAAAUGAGAGGAGCGCUAGCAAGGGAAAUAAAAUGGGUAAAUCGAAAGAUCCUCACAGAGAUUGCCUGAAGGACAUCUAUCAAUGGUACAUCGACAAUAACAUCGAAGAGAAAAAAAAAAAAAACAAAGACAUAGAAAAUAACAAAGAUAGUUACUUUGAAGAUGCAGAGGUGAAAAAAAACGUAGAGGAAUACAUAAGUGUGGUAUGCAGAAUCAAAAAUGGUGGAAACGAAAAAGAUGGUGCGAUAAAUGGCGAAAAUAAUGAAGCCGAUAAUGUAAUAAGAAAAGUGUCUAAAAACAAAUUAGUCAUUGAUACUUUUCAAAUGGGAAACAAAAGUAGUCUUAAUUUUGAAUACACAUAUGAUCGAGUGUACGAUCUAGAAAAUAAUAACCAAAUGAUAUUUAACGAUUAUAUAAAAAACAAUAUAAAAAAUAUAUUUCAAGGAAUUAAUUGUAGUAUAUUAGCAUAUGGUCAAACAAAUAGUGGGAAAACAUAUACUAUGCUAGGAAAUUUUCAUUUUUUAAAUAAGUUAUUUCAUCUGUGUAAAGAAAAUGAAAGUAAUAAAAUAGAUUUACCUAUUCCUAAUGAUAUAGCUAUUACAUAUGAAGAGCUAACUAAUUGUAUAACAAAUGAACCCAAUUAUGUAGGUUUAAUUCCUCAUUGCAUAAAUUAUAUUUUUAAUUAUAUAAAUCAUCAUAAAAAUGAAAAUCCAUUACCAAAUGGAAGAAAAGAGUUUGUAGUUACUAUGUCUAUACUAGAAAUAUAUAACGAAAUUAUAUACGACUUGAUAAGUGGAGAAAGUAACUUAUCUGUACAUAUGAUUGACUCUAAUAAAAACGAAUUUGUUAUUAAAAAUUUAAAAGAAGUUGAAAUUGAGAAUGUCAUUAAUGCUCUUCACUAUUUAGAAGAAGGGGUUAAUAAUAGAAAAAUUGCAUUCACGCAUAUGAACAAAGCUUCCUCCAGAUCUCACUUAAUUUUUAUUAUUAAAAUAAAUAGGUACAUUCGCGCAACGAACACGGUUAGAUGUGGCAAGCUAUGUCUCGUCGAUUUAGCUGGAAGCGAGAGACUCAAGCAAACAAAAGCAACCGGUUCUGUGAAAAUUGAAACCACCAUGAUUAACAAAAGUCUAACUGUCCUUAGUAAAGUCAUUAAUGCCUUGGCGAUCAUGCAAAUCAAGGAAAAAAUGGACAAAGCCAAAAAGGCGGAAAAAGUGGAAAUAGUGGAAAAAGUGGAAAAAAUGGACAAAAUGGACAGAAAUGAGGGCGAAAAAAACAGGGAACAGGAGGAACAUCCUUCUGAUGCUCCAAACGAUGAAGAGUCACUCGAAGAACACUUGUGUCCAGGAGGAAACAAACAAAGCGUCUUAGAUUCAGAUGAGAAAACAAAAGACCAAGGAACAACAGGAGGAACGGCUUCAAAUGUACAUAUCCCUUAUCGAGAUUCUAAAUUAACUAGAGUAUUGUCAGACAGCUUAGGAAACAAUUGUAAGAGUAUUCUUAUAUGCACUCUAUCACCUAAAUUGCAAUAUCUGAACGAAACUGCAUCUACUAUAAAAUUUGCACAAAGGGCUAAAAUGGUGAAGGCGAAACCAGUGAUACGUGAAGAAAAAAUUGAAACAAAGCACACAGAUGAGGAAGGAAAUGUGAAAAAAGUGAAUAACGAAAAUGAUUACAAUUCGAAGGAGAAAAAGGUAGAUAUUUUUCUCAAUUUUGAUCAAAAUCAUAUAACGAAAGAUAUCAUAUUUUUUUCCUUCAGUUUGUGCAUUUUUAGCUAUAUUUGUGGGUUCAAAAGUACUGGUAAGAUAAAAUACUUAGACUUCUUCAUCGAGUCCUAUAAAAACAAAAUUGACAUAAUAAAAGAUCAAUUAAACAAAGUGAGUACAGGUAUUAACGACGUUAGUGAAUGUAUACUAAAAACAUUUGAUGAAUUGGAAUCAUUAACCGAAGAAGAAAAAGAAAAAUAUUUAAAAACACAUCAGAAAAAUGGACAAAACAGUGAUGUAAAUGAAUGCCAAAAGGGUCAGACAAAAAAUCAACACUUUCAAAAAACUCAAGGAAAAAUUUUGUUCGAUAAAGGACAAAUGAUAAAUAAUAAAAAUUCUGAAUCUGAGGAUAAGGAAGUUCUGCCUUCAAAUAUCAAAACGUCAAUUAAUAGGGAUGAAAAAGGAACUGGCAAAAAAAUAGAUCAUCAAAAUGAGAAAUUGCCCAUCUCGUUAAAUGGUGGUAAUAACCCUGAACAUGAUCAUCAGGAGGAGGAGGAGGAUGACGCAUUGAUAGGAGACAUUCUAGUAAAGAUGAAAAAUGAUAUUUGCAAUAUUUUAAAAUUUAAUUUAUCUAGCUUAAAAAGUAACUUGAAAGGAAACACACAAGUAUGCGAUGAAAUGAUUGCCAUAGUAAACACAGUAAGGGAAAAUAAUAACAUUUUUUUAUUAAACUCAUUAGAUCAGCUUGGAAAAGGAGGUACUGCCAACCAUGAUAUUGAAGAAAAGAACAAAACUGAAAAGGAAAAAAAUAAUCCAUCUUGUAAAGCAACAAGUGAUGUCCAUUCUAAUGUUUCUAUUCAUGCAAAGAACAAGACAUAUGUGAAAGGAACUAUGAGGGACACAGAAGAAGGAAAUAAGAAAAGCUCGAAGGACAAAUUAUGUAUUACUGAUAGAAAGACAGACGAGAAAGGAAGUAAUAAGAACCGCAAAUCAAAAGUACAUCAAGGAGAAGAUCUAAACCAAUUAGAAAUAUUUUCACCAGAAUAUUUGGCGAAGAAUAUACUAAGUGUGCAGAAUAUACAGAACAUUUUCGAUUAUGUGAAUAACAACUACACCAAAUUUAUAAGUGAUUUUACAACUAAUAAAAGCACAGUGUUUACAAAUUUUGAUUUGAAAGAAAAUUUAGAUAGACAAAGCAUUGAAAAAAACAACACCAUAUAUAAUUUCAUCCAUUCGGCUACAAUGUUUCAGCACAGUGGAACAUUAAAGGAUUUGAACAGUAACUACUUUUUUAAUAAAAUUCAAACGGAGUUAUUCAAUAAUUACAGCAACCAUCACAAUGCAAACUUCAGAUGUGUCCAAAGUAUGCACGAUUCAGGUGUGAAUAAUAUCGAACAUGUGCUAACUUUACCUCAUGAACACCAGAAUGUGUCAAAUCUGAAAGUUGGCAUGAACGACAAAGAUCCACCUUUUAAUUACACAGACACCAAUAACAACUUAAACUCUGAUGAUCACAUAUCCUCUAAAAAGAAGAAUUAUUAUUCCAUAAAAGACAUUCAAUCAACGGAACCAUCAGAAGUUCUUCACAUCACGAGUAGCAUCAGUGAGGGUGUAAAAUUUACCAGUAUCAAAGAAGGAUCUGAAAUUCAAAUGACACCCAAAUCAGUGAAUUUUGCUGAAAAAAAAUGCUACAUUAAUGAGAAUUGCAUUGGAUUAGAAAAUAAUACUAAAGAAAAGAAAGUUAGUAUCCAUGAAGGAGGUCAUGGAUUAAGAAAUGAAGAAGCGGGUAGCUUAAACAAUGACAAUGAGAAACACAAAUAUAAAGCACAAAAAUCUAUGAAACAAAAAGAGUGCCGUAUGGUUAAUGCCAUUCAUGUGUCCCAGAAUAUGAAAUAUAUAGACGAGUUCUCAAAAUUGAUAGAAAAUGCAGAUUUCAAAAAAUUGUAUGAAUAUUUAACAGAAAAAGAUAACAAAAAUGAGGGAAAUUACUUCAAAACGGGAGAAGAUUUAUAUAAUACAACUUUUGAAGAAUUGGAAUCAAGGAUCAAUACAGAAAUAAAAAAAAUAAAUGAUUACGUAAUGGUUGAUAUAUACCCAGCUGGGGAGAGCAGAGCAAAACGAGGUAGUAGUAAGAUGAGUGGGAAAAAGAAUAAGGGCAUGAAUUCAGAAAAUGAAAUUUGCUCCAAGAAUAAAAUCAACUCUAGUGUCGGUAAUAAAAUCAAUGCUACUGUAGAUAGUGCUAAUAUGUCACAACGAGGUAUUAUCAGUACGCAACAAAUUGGUGACGACAGCAGUGGGCAGUUAACAGAUGUCAAUCACUCGAAAGAUGCCAAUCACUCGAAAGAUGCCAAUCACUCGAAAGAUGCCAAUCAAUCGAAUGAUGCCAAUCAAUCGAAUGAUUUCAAUCAUACGCAUAUUUCCUACUUGGAAAAAAAACGAACCACCAAUUUGUUCUUUAAAAAAAUAAUAGACAUCAUUAGGUACAUGUUUCAGAAAAAAGAACCCCCCAAAGAACCUAUAGAAAUUAACAUAUGUGACUUGAUCGAUAAUGAACUUCUUUACAAUAAAAAGCUAUUAGAAAAAAAUUUAGAUUCUUAUAACAUCCGAAAUUUUCAAAUUAAUAAUAAAAAAGUUUAUCUCCUCAACGAAUCCGAAUAUAUUCAUCUCAAGGAGUUAAUCAGUUACAAAAACAAAAUGAUAUCCUUUUUGAAUUGCGAAUAUAGGAAGUUCAAGUUAUCACUAUCGUAA